AGCAGGCCCACACACUUCUAACCCCGCAGGCGCACACAUCAUUAGUAACGUUGAUUUUUCAUUCAAAACAUCGAAUUGCGCGCCCGUUCAUUUCCCUGCCCUCCCUUUCUCUCUCCCUCUCUCUCUGUCGUGGGUUCAUUUCUUCUCCUCAUCUUUUCUCUCUAGGGUUCCUCUCUCUCUUCCGUUUGGGACAUUUUGGUCACCCGAAUCCGCUCAUCUGGGGAUCUCACGAGAGCACUCCAGGGGGAUCGAAGCUCAAAUCUAUCCAGGUUAUCAUCAAGGUCAUUUUGGAAUCGAGAGGCCGCAGGAAGUGCAGCUCACCAGCGAGCAUAUCUGCGGGAUCCAAGCGCAAAUCAUCAGGGGGUUCGUCAGAAAUCCCAGACCCGAAUCAGCUAACCAGCGAGCAUAUCUGCGGGAUCCAAGCGCAAAUCAUCAGGGGGUUCGUCAGAAAUCCCAGACCCGAAUCAGCUUUUUCUCUCUGAAACACACUCCAAUUACAAUGCCAAGAGCGGAGAAGCAGCGACAUGCCCGUGCGACAUCAUCCAAUACAAACCUUAGGAACAGGGCAUCCCCCUGCUAGACUUAUCAAGCUAUAUAGAUACAUUUCUGAGGAUCAGCGCGAGAUGAUUGCUAAUGUCAAAUUUGAUGGCUUGUUGAAGAUCGCGUGCACCACAAUGCCAGUGGACUUCGCCAAUUGGCUGAUGUCGGAGUGCUUUGAUCCGGAAUCAUCAGAACUAGUUCUCCCCGGGAGGGGUAGGAUUUUAGUGACACCAAAGGUUGUGGCUAAUAUCCUAAACUUGCCAGACAAAGGUGACGAGGUCAAAUAUGAGUUGGAUGUGGAUGCAAUCAACUUCAUCUACAGCAAGUAUGGAAUUAUCCAAGGGCAAGCACCUAGGAUUGAAGAAAUAAUGGAAAGGAUCAAACAAAACAAGCGCGCAGAUGAGGAUUUUCUGAGAUCAUGGAUGAUGAUUGCAGUGUCAACCUUUUUGUGCCCGCCCACUGGUUUGGGAAUAAGCCCCAGAUGUUAUCCAGCACUUCUUGACCUUACACGCGUGAACAAGCUGAACUGGUGUCAAUUUGUUGUUGACCAGCUCAAGGAGGCAGCCAGAAAAAUGAACAAGCAAAAUUCUGUGAGGGGUUGCAUCUUACUACUUGUUAUCCUGUACGUAGAUUCAUUAGAUGUUGGUAAUGUGCAAAUCCCUACAACCAAGCCCAGGAUUGCAGCAUGGUCAAGGAAACUUUUGGACCAGGUAAUCAAGCUCGAUACAAACCAUGAUGAAUCAUUUGGCAAGCUAAAGCUAAAAUUAUCAGGGAGUUCGGUGGCCCAAGUUUCAUUUUUCCAGAUGGAUGAUGUAAACAGAUUUGUAGCAUUAAAGGCGCCCCCACACGGCUACUGAGAAGAAGAGAAAAAUCGCCAAUGCUGUGAGUAAAGUUCUGACUGGGGUAUCAGAGUUGCUUGGCACCUUCAUACAAGAUAUGGCUGAUGCUGAAGAGACUCCCAAGCCAGAAUUGAGAAGAUCAAAGCGUAGUAAAACUGCACAACAAUCUGAAAAUGAUGGCGAAGAAGACAUAGACGAAGACCCAGAUUAUGAUGAUGGAGAGGAGUGGAUUAGCAGCAGCGAGGAUGAUUCUGAUGAGGAUUUUGAGAGUGAAGACAAUCAAGAUGAAGAAGGGGAAGAUGAACAAGAACAAGGCGAGAAAGAAGAAGAAGAAGAAGAAGAAGAAGAAGAAG